CUUUUUAAUUACAAAGCAAAGAUAUGCAUUAGCUAGUUAUAGUAAUAAUAAUGGGAAGGGAAAGCGUCGGAGGCACGCAGUCUCCGAUUCCGGCAUCUUGGUUCUCUCAGUGCUGGUCCUCAGCUCGCAGAACCAAACCCUUAAAUUCUCCUUUCGACACUUUCACUUCCCGUAACUCCUCCGAUGCUUCCGCCGCUCUCUCUCGCCGUCUCGGCCUCUUCGAUCUCCUCCUCCUCGGCGUCGGCGCUUCCAUCGGCGCCGGUAUCUUCGUCGUCACCGGUACCGUCGCUCGCGACGCUGGUCCUGGAGUUACAAUUAGUUUCAUACUAGCAGGAGUAUCAUGUAUAUUAAAUGCGCUUUGUUAUGCUGAGUUGGCGUCGCGGUUUCCGGCUGUUGUUGGAGGAGCUUACUUGUAUACUUAUUCAGCUUUUAAUGAAAUUACUGCUUUUCUUGUAUUCGGGCAACUUAUGCUCGAUUAUCAUAUCGGAGCUGCUAGUAUUGCUCGGAGUUUAGCCAGUUAUGUCGUUACUGUUUUGGAGCUCUUUCCUGUUUUUAAAGAUCAUGUUCCUGAUUGGAUUGGACAUGGUGGUCAAGAAUUCUUCGGUGGAGCGCUUUCUAUCAAUAUUUUAGCACCAAUUCUACUUGCGCUUUUAACUGUGAUUUUGUGCUGGGGUGUUGGUGAAUCUUCCAUUUUGAACUCUUUCAUGACUGUUACAAAGGUUGUCAUUGUUAUUGUUAUCAUCUUUGUUGGUUCUUUUGAGGUUGAUGUUUCAAAUUGGUCCCCUUUUGCGCCAAAUGGUGUUAAAGCAAUAUUGACUGGAGCAACUGUUGUGUUUUUUGCAUAUGUUGGUUUUGAUGCAGUUGCAAAUUCAGCUGAAGAAGCUAAGAGACCUCAGCGGGAUUUGCCAUUAGCCAUCAUUGGAAGCCUUAUUAUAUGCAUAGUGUUGUAUAUCGGGGUUUGUUUAGUGCUCACCGGGAUGAUACCUUACAAGCUCCUUGGAGAAGAUGCCCCUUUGGCUGAUGCUUUUACAUCAAAGGGCUUGAAGUAUGUUUCUAUUUUAAUCAGCAUAGGUGCUGUCGCAGGACUUACAACCACUCUUUUGGUGGGGCUUUAUGUUCAGUCUCGCUUAUACCUGGGCCUCGGAAGGGAUGGCUUACUGCCUUCUAUAUUUGCUAAAGUGCACCCAACACGCCACACUCCUAUUCAUUCUCAAGUUUGGGUUGGUAUCGUUGCUGCCAUUUUGGGGGGAUUAUUUAAUGUCCAUAUGCUCUCACACAUUCUUUCAGUCGGCUCUUUGACUGGCUACUCUGUUGUUUCAGCUUGUGUUGUGACACUUCGCUGGAAGGAUAAGACUUCUAGUCGUGUUUCUUCAAGAUGGACUUCAAUCUGGCAGGAAGGAGUCAUUUGUCUCGUCAUAGUUGCUUACUGUGGCUUCUGCUCUGGGCUGCUGUAUCGUUAUGGAGCUUCAGUUAUUUUUCUGGUUAUAACAGUUGUUAUUGCAGUACUUGCUGCUGUGGCUCUUAACUUCCGCCAUAGCUAUGCGGUUGCUCCUGGGUUUUCUUGUCCUUGGGUUCCAACUGUGCCAAUUGUUAGCAUCUUUUUCAACAUCUUCUUGUUUGCUCAGCUGCACUAUGAAGCAUGGGUGAGAUUUGUUGUUCUUAGCAUUAUCAUGUUUGGAAUUUAUGCAUUUUACGGGCAACACCAUGCCAAAGCUAGUUCAGACGAGACAAUUGUUUAUCAUAGAGCUCCUGGGGGAUCAAACUGAUUAAAUGCUGGUUAGACAAUAAUAAUGUGAGCUUGUUGGCAUUUGUAGUUAUUGUUGUAUGGUUUACAUUACCGGCAGCCCUGUACAAGGCCAUUUGUAUUAAAAAAUAUAUUUGUACAAAUCCUCAUUUAGAAAUAAAAAAUUUAAGGUAAAAGGUAGAUGCAAA